AUGGAUAAUGCACCAAUUUCCAAAAGUCUCUCAACAACUCCUACACCAAAAUGAAAUUAUUCCAUCGACAUGACCUCCUCCAACUUCGAUUCAAGCACUUAUUGAAAAAAAAGACUAAACGCAACCACCGUUAUCAAAGAGGAAGAGCCUUUAUCUUCAGAACACAAAACCAUUUCACGUCGUGUCCCAUCAAUCCGCUCUUCCAAGCGAAUUUUAAAAGAAAACCCUGACCCUGAUAACGCUCCACAGCUAGAACGUAUAAAAGAGCAUGUAAAAGACAAUUUUAAUAAGCGCAGACAUGAUGUAGUCCAAGAAUUAACAAAAGGUUUAUCAAAUUCUGACCUGAAAUCCUUAAAAGACAUGGCAAUCAAGCGAGCCUUAAACCGCACCGAAAAAAAGCUCCAAAGUAAAAUCACGAUUAUGGAGCUUUUUAACAGCAAAGUCAAUGAACGAAUAGAAUCCAGCAAAAAAAUCAUGACAAAAAUCAGGAUUGAAGAAAACCCUUUGCGGAUUUCAGUUAUACAUACAGUCCUAGGAAAAUGCCUACGAGUGCUUGAAGCUCAUAUUGAUGAAUGCCGCAAUGAUUACCAAAGAGGCUUAAAAGUAAAUACCAUUGACCAGCAUGGAAGGACAGCACUACAUUAUGCUGCUUGUUUAGGACAAAUAGGAGCUAUAGAAAUGUUAAUAUAUAGCGGGACUGACCCACGCAUACAAGAUAUAUAUGGAAGGACUGCACUGCAUUAUGCUUCUUUGCAGGAUAAUAAAGAAGUUGUAGAUAUUUUGAUUAAUUUGUACCCAAAAGCUUUGAGGAUGCUGGACAAGCUUUCUGAGACCACAAAUGACAGAACUGUAGCAAGGCUUUUAAAGUAUAAAAGGCUUACCGCCCCUUUAAAUUGGAAUAAAAAUCAUAUUCCAUUUUAAGGUAAUUUCAUCUUUAAUUUGUUUUUAAAAAAAAUAUAAAUUGAGCACAAUUCUUUGAAUUUAAUUUAUUUUAUGAAGAUUAAUCGAUUCAGAUUGAAAUCUGUUUAAAAAACAUUCUACCUGCAUUUUGCCUAUUAAAUUGAGUCAAAAAUUAAUUUUUAUAAAAAUUACUAUUUCAUCGUUAAACUUUUCCUAUUGAAAAACAAAUUUGUUCAAUUUUAAAGGAGGUUCAAAUUUUACUGAGGGAGUUAGAAAAAUGGCCAAAGCUAAAAAUACUAAUGCAAUAAGCAUCGCUAGUAUGGAAACGUCGAGCAUUUUUGUGGAUUUUGAUGUCUUUGAUGAAGAAAUCCACAAGAUUGCUGAAAGAAUGGACUAUUCUGAAGGGACUAACGUAAUGAAACCUCGAAGAAUCGCCACAAAAAUCCCUACAGAUUUCAUAGGAACUGUGGAUCAUCUAGGACGAACAGCUCUUCAUAUGGCUGCUCUUUGUAACACUGUCCCUAUAAUCCGAGCAUUAAUUGACAGCGGGGCUGAUCUUGACGUAAAAGACUAUAACGGGAAAAAGCCAAUCGAUUUAGUCGUGUCCAGGGUAGCUGCAACUAUAAUUAUUUCUAAAAUGAAAAUGCCUAAAGCUAAGCACAAAUCGUUAAAAGUCACAACUGAUGAACAAAUUUUUGAGCAAAAAAACACAAUAGACACCAAAGAUAUUUUGCUGAUGGACGAAGAGUCGUUAUUGAACUAUCGGAAUGGCCAGCUUUCUGAUAACUAUAUGAUUUUAGCAGUAAAAAAAAACUCGCUGGAGUCUGUAAAAGUCCUGCUGGAUAGAAAAAUGAGCCCUCUGACGUCAAAUAAAAAUCAUUGGACUUCUGUGCAUUUUGCCGUGAAAUUAAAUUGUAUGAAAAUAUUAAAUCUAUUUAUUAUGGGCCAUGAAGAAAUCGGAAAAGGAAAAGGCUUCAAAUAUGCAAGACCCUGAGUUGCUGACUCUUGAGCAGCCUUAGACCAAAUAACAAGUGAAAACUGAACGAUUCUCCAUAUAGCAGUUUCUUACUCAGACCCAGAAAUACUUAUAUGGCUUCUAAGUAUCUACAAGCAGCGCCAAGAAGCUUUAAUCCAUCGAAGCACCCUACCCCAGCAAUUUCAAGACAUGAAAAUCAUUUCCCUUGAAUCUAUGCUCGAAAAAGACACAAAAAGCCGGUACACCCCUUUUCUAAUGGCAGUUAAACAAGAGCGAAUGGAAAUGGUGCAAAUUUUGAUGGAAAACAACUGCAAUAUUUAUGCCCACAACGAAAAAAUGCAAAAUGCUCUUCAUAUUGCGACGCUGAAUGGGAAUAAAAAAUUAAUUGAGAUGAUAGUAAAAGCUGAUAGUGAUAGAAACCAGCUAAGAAAUGAAAGGGACUUUAAAGAGAGGAAGCCAAGAGAUCUUGAUAUAACUGGAAGGCUCACAGAAAGCUUUUACCAUAUAUGAGACUAUGCGAAAAAUGGGAAUUUUAACAUGUUAAGAGAAAUGAUCCUUACAAAAGUUUUCAGUGUCAAUGCACAAACACCCAAACGAAAAAUGACGCCACUUCAUAUUGCAGUUGAAGGAAAGCAGCUUCAUUGUAUACAUGUGCUAAUCCAAUUAGGAGCCAAUGUAAAACUUACGAAUUUUGAUGGAAAAACUGCUUUAGAUUUAGCUCUAGCUAACCAGGAGUAUCAUUUUGAGAGUGUCGUAAUAAAAAUGCUGAGAGGCGAUACUAUGCUAAACACAAGCCUUUCAGAAAUAAAGCUUGACCAAUAUUAUAAAGACUAUAUGCUCCACAAAACCAUUGUAAAAAAGAAGCUGAAAUUCAAAGAUGUUGAAGACUACAUGAAAAUCCCUUUAUUUUCCAACCCCCGAACCAGAGUAAAAAUAGAAAAAGCUACAGAAGACUAUUGGAGAAUUAUGAGAAACCAACUGAAUUCUAAAAACAUCAAGCUUUCUGAGCUUUUUAAUAUGAUUGACAAAGACAAAGACGGGGCUCUGACGUUUGUAGAGUUUGAAGGGAUGAUGAUUUGGCUUGGGAUGCCUCUAAAUGCUGACCAAAUCCAGAAUUUAGCAAUGGUGCUGGAUCGGAAUCAAAAUGGCCUGGUAGAGUAUGAAGAACUGAUAAGAAAAUUCAAUGAAAGCUCGGUUGUGGAUAAACAGAAAAGAAUGAACUCUGGGAACUUCCCAAAGAUAAAAUUGGCUGGGCAGAAGUCGUAUGAGAAACUUUCGAAGACUUUUUAUAUGUAA